AAAAAAAAAAAAAAGAUAAUCGUCAAAGAAGCCGAGGAUUACGGGUGUUCUCAAGCGGCCCUACAAACACACCUCCUCUUCCUCUUUAAACUCACUCUCUUUCUCUCUCUUUUGGGUCAAACAAGUCAACAAAGCAAAACCUCUUUCUUCUCUUCUCCUUUCACUCUCUCUAGAUUCUCUCGUUUCCUCUGAGAUUGUAACAAUGGCGUCUACGACGUGUGCAAGAGAGGUGCAUUACAGAGGAGUAAGAAAGAGACCAUGGGGUCGUUACGCUGCUGAGAUAAGAGAUCCUUGGAAGAAAACUAGGGUUUGGUUAGGCACUUUCGACACUCCCGAAGAAGCCGCUCUUGCUUACGACGGCGCUGCUCGUUUCCUCCGUGGUAUCAAAGCCAAAACUAACUUCCCUUCUCCUCUCUCUCUGGACCUCAACCACCUCCCUUCCCCUCCCUCCGCCGCCGCAAAUAACCAACACCAACAGCUCUGGUUCGCCGCGCCUCCUCCUCCUCCUCCUCCUCCAAUCUCCGACCACCAUCACCAACGGAUUUUUCUCCGAACCGGUGUGCUAAACGACAAAACUUCAGAUUACUCCUCUACCGAAGCGCCGCUUUACUUCACCUCCUCGCCUAACGCAGCCACGUCGUCGCCUGGUUAUCAAGUGGUUGGGUUUCCGAUGAUGAGUUCGUCUCCAUCCCCUGUUACGGUGAGACGUGGGCUAGCCAUUGACCUCAACGAGCCUCCGCCGCUUUGGCUGUGAAACAAACGAUAAAGAUGGAUGUAGCGGCGCCGUUUUCCGGACUUUUCUACACGGCGCCGUUUGAGACCACUUUCGGUGGAACUACUUUAACUAGUUUCUUUUUUAGCAAAUAUCUUUUUGUUAGAGUUAGUAGACUUGUUUUUAAAUUUAAUCCUUCUUUUGUUCGUUAUGUAAGAGUUGGAUAUCGAUUGUUGUUAUGAGAGAUCCAUGUUGCGGAAAUAACAAGAAACUUCUUAAUUAGCAACAAAAACUUAACAACGUUUGAACAUGGAUCUAAUGAUGUUUGUGGAUUGUGUUACGACCGUCGCUUAUGUCGGUUUCGAGGGGGUUUUGAAAUCUUAUCGUAUUCCAUGGCGUGUCGUGAAGUACGGACUGACUUUGUGCAGCUCUUUGCUUUGCUAGCUAGUGUCCUGUUUGACUCACGCGCCUCUCUCUAUAAACACGACAAAAGACUGAGAAAA